AUGAGCUAUAGAGCGAGGUAUCCGCCGCCAGGAAUGGGCGGCGGGAGAGGUGGAGUAAACCCGAAUGCGGGGCCAAACCCUAAUUUUCGACCGAGAAAACCUACGCAGCAGUAUGUGCAAAGGGGUCCGCCGGCGAGUAAUCAGAAUCACCAGUUGUAUCAGAGUCCUCAGCCGCAACAAUGCCCGAGAAGAGCUCAGUUGGCGUCUGCUGGCUCGAACGUUGACAAGGAUGUUACAGCUACUAGAGGAAAUGAAUUUGAAGACUACUUUCUGAAGCGUGAGCUGCUUAUGUUAAUUUAUGAGAAGGGUUUUGAGAGUCCGUCCCCCAUCAAGGUGGAGAGUAUCCCAAUUGCUCUAACUGGAAGUGAUAUUUUAGCUCGAGCUAAGAAUGGAACGGGAAAAACUGCUGCAUUUUGCAUUCCAGCAUUGGAGAAAAUUGAUCAAGAUAAAAAUUCUAUUCAAGUUGUCAUUCUUGUCCCCGACAGAGAAUUAGCACUUCAAACAUCACAAGUUGAUAAGCUUUUGUCGCCAGAGUUUCAACCUUCUAUAGAGCAGUUAAUUCGAUUUUUACCUGCAAAACGUCAGAUCCAUAUGUUUUCAGCAACAUUUCCUGUUACGGUGAAAGAUUUUAAAGAUCGAUACCUGAAAAAACCCUAUAUUAUAAACCUUAUGGAUGAGCUUACCCUGAAGGGCAUAAACAAGUUUUAUGCGUUUGUUGAAGAAAGACAGGAAGUUCACUGCCUCAACACUCUAUUCUCAAAGCUUCAAAUAAACCAACCUAUUAUUUUCUGCAAUUCUAUGAAUCGUGUUGAACUUCUUGCCAAGAAAAUCACGGAACUUGGCUAUUCUUGCUUCUACAUUCACGCGAAGAUGCUUCAAGAUCAUCGCAACAGAGUAUUUCACGGCUUCCGGAAUGGUGCCUGCAGGAAUCUUGUCUGCACCGGUCUAUUAAUAGGGCCGAUUGCUAUAAUGAUAAGAGGGAUCGAUAUUCAGGCAGUAAACGUCGUUAUCAAUUUUGGUUUUCCCAAGAAUUCAGAAACUUACUUGCACAGGGUUGGUAGAUCCGGAAGGUUCGGACAUCUCGGUUUAGCUGUGAAUCUGAUCACCUAUGAGGAUCAAUUCAACCUGUAUAGGAUCAAACAAGAACUAGGGACAGAGAUCAAGCAGAUUCCUCCGCAUAUAGAUCAAGCAAUUUACUGCCGUUAA